CAUCGCUGGGCAGGGGGAGGGGAUCCUCCCAAAAGCCAACUUUGCUGCGCAGAGGGAGGAGAUCCUCCGAGCAUCAGGCCUCAUCCCUGCACAGAGGGAUGGGAUCCUCCAAUCAACCAGUGUCCCUGCACAGAGGGAAGGGAUUCUCCCAGCAGUCAUCAUCACUGCACAGAGGGAGUUGAUCCUCCUGAUGGCCAGUGUCACUGCGCAAAGGAAGGGAAUCUUCCCAACAGCCAGCGUCCCUGCUCACAGGGAGUGGAUCUUCCCAAAGGCCAGUGUUCCUGCACAGAGGGAGGGGAUCCUCCCCACAGCCAGUGUCCCUGUGGAGAAUGGAAACAAUCAUCCACAACCACCUCCCAUCAUCCCCAUGUUGGCACCACUGUGGAAAUGGGAUGGUGGAGUGUGUACUCCACCUGUGGAUUUCUAUUCCAAGAGAAGAGAUGUCCGGCUUAGAUAUGUUGAGCAUCCUGCUAUGAUGUCCAUCACCAAGCCAGAACACUCCGAGGCCAACCCUCAGUGCCAGACUGGCAGCCGGCCGGUGGCUGAGCCCGAGACCCCUGCUGUUCACAAGAACAGUGGAAGCUGGCUCAGCUGGGUCUUUGGGAGUGGACAAGUUAAUAAGAAGGAGGUUCAUCUACCUGAGGACAAAGACAGAUCUAUUGUCUGGGAUCCAACUCUGCACAGAUGGGUUGACAAAACUGAGCCCAAGGCUGAGAACAAGCUUGUACCACCAACUCCACCGAUGGGGAUGUAUGGAUUUCAGGGGAACCCUGGCAGUGUCCCCAAAGGAGUGAAUCCUUACUCCAUGAAAGCAGCAGGUCUAUGGGGCAGCAGAUACCCUACAAUGCAUUACACUGAUGGGACCAACUCAAAGCCUCCAAGCCAGGGGCCUGGACCACUUCCUCGACAGCUCUCUGGCCUGCUCCCUCCCUCACACUUUGACCUUAUGGCACCAAUGAUUGUGCCACCUGACACUCUACCCUACUGAUGCCAACAGGCAAAUUCACCA